AUGGAAUCAGGUACUCUCUUUCGUUAUUUAUGUUCAUUAGCACAUCGAUCUCUCGGACUUGAUACCAUCCACAAUUUGAUGAAGAAGGGAGAGGAUGAAUUUCAUCUGUGGGAACAUUGUGAUUUAAAUGAUAGUUUUGAUUCUCUGGUGUAUGGUGCUUGUGAUAGAUUAAUUAGUGUUCAAUGCAGAUUCAGAGAUCAAGAUGUCGAUUCAACUUAUUAUUUUCAUCCGUUAGUAAUUUGGCAAAGAUGGCCAAUGUUACUUGGAUAUGCACUCAAUUCAGAAUUGAAAGGAGAAAUUAAAAGAGAGGAACUGGCUAUUGUCACUGAAAAUGAUUUAUUCCUUGCUACUUUAAAUACAAACAAGCAAAUUGAAAAGUAUUUUGGAAGUAUUAAUGAUAAAGUAUUGGAUCAAUUGGAAUUUAGAAAUCAAAUUAGACAAUUGAAACUUGAAAUUGCAAAAGCAAAGAGUAAUAUUGAACAACAUUCCUCAAUAUUUGUAAAGCAUGAAAAGAAGAUUCAAAAUCUUCAUGAAUGUUUGAAACAAUUUGAUGAAACAGGUUUAAAAUCUCUCCUUCUUCCAACAAGUCAAUUGUGGAAUAUUCAUUUAGGAAAUAUUGAUUUUCACAAACAAGCUUUCGAUGAGAUUGUCUUUUAUUUAUAUACUUCAAAAUUUGUUAAUUUAGAUAAUGAUCCAACUGAGAGCACACUCCUUCCACCUGUUAGAUCAUUAGAAGAUUUAAUAUUAGGAAAGGAUAAGGAAUAUUUCCAAGAAAUAUUAACCCUGUUGAACUCUCUUGGUAUUCAACCAAUCAAUUCCCUUCUAUAUAAGGAUUCAGCCUCUCUCAAUAAUUUUGAAAGUGAGAGUGAAAUUAGAAAGGCAAAAAUCUAUGACACUCUCUUUGGAAUGCUAAAGGAACAAUUAGCUGAUGGAAUUUUCUUCACAACAACUCAACCACCAAAUAAUCCCUUGGAAACUCUCAAAAAAUUUAUGUGCAAUUUAAUUAUUGAGCAACAACCUCCAGAAGCUACUGAUGAUCAUGUCGAUGAAUUUACUGAAUUGCCAGAACACUCAGAGGAGCAAAUUUUUGGACACAAAUCAUUCUUAAUGAAACACUGUCCAUUCAUUGAUGUUUUAAUUAAUAGUGAUUUUCAAGAGGCAUUCCAAAUUAGAGAAACUGAAUCAAAGAAUGAAAUACCGGUCAUACAUGUAGAAUGCUCCAACUUUCAAAUAUUGACAGAUAUUAUUCGAUACAUUUAUAGUAAUAGAAUUUCAAUUAACAAGAGUAAUGUAUUUGAACUCUUGUUACUCUCUCAAAAAUUAGGACUUGAUGAUUUAACUGAACUAUGUGAAAAAUCAGUUCCUGAGAUGGAUUUCUUUGAUUUUGAAUUGGUUCAAGUCAUUUCCCUCACCAUUUCACUUUCUCUUCCACAUUUGAAAAAUAUUUUCGAGCAAAAGCUAUUCUCACAAUUAAAGACAAUGAUAAAAGGAAGAUUAAUGGGAUCUGAUGAAGCUCAAGUAAUUCUGGAACAAUGUGGAUAUUCAUUUGAAGAGGUCAAUGACUUGCUGGUACAAUUAAUUUGGGCAGAUUAA